AUGCUGGACCCGGAGCUGGAGUUCCUCGAGCAGGCGCCUCCCUGCCCGAGCACCCCAGACGCGGGGUUCCGCGAGCUCGUGGACCGCCUCGUCGACCAGCACGAGGCAGGCAUGGCAGCACUGCGGGAGGAGAACCGCUCGCUGCGCGAGGCGGUCGCGGAGCUGCGGGGCGGCGAGCGGCCGACCGCCGGCCUCCUGGCCGGCCCCUGCUCCGACGUGGACCAGUUGGCCGCGGCCCGGGCCGCGCUGGGCCCUGCACCAGCGGCGCCGGAGCUCCCCGCCUGGCCAUGCGCCUGGCUGCCGCACGGCGUGGAGCAGCCUCCCGCGGCCGCUGGCUCCGCGGUCGCGCCGGCGCUGCGGGGCUCGCUGCACAGCGUCGCCACGGCCCCCUGGGUGCUGACGCCCACGGUCGCCGAGGAUCUCAAGCGGGAGUCGUUCAAGCGGGAGUCGUCGCUGCUCUCCGUCUCGGACGCGGACGGGGGUGGCGGCUCGAGGGUGAGCGUCGCUGGCACCGUCUUCAGGAUACCGGCCUCGGAGGUGACCAGGUUCCUCCACAUGUUUAACAUCGACAUGUGGAACACGGACAACGCAACGAUCUGUGCAAGCGAUCUCUUCGAAGUUUUGGAGCAGCGGGGUUUGCGCGGUCUGUCGAUGGAGCGCGUCUCUUGCGUGAUGCGGCGGCUCGUCGAAACCAACGAGAUCAGACUCUCCCGGCAAUCGCCUACUGCGACAGCGCAGACGCGUUGCACAGAUGAUACAUGCCAGAGACUGGGUCCACCUAACGACGACAGCUUCCAAGUGCCAUUCAGACAUUUUAUGGGAAUCAUUUUCUCCAAGGACAUCGCCAGGGGCUUGAGCAGCGAUGAUGCUCAGGAUGCCAAGCGUUGGCAGCAGUGCCUUAUGACUCAGACGAUCGAAGAAGUGAUCGACAGGCUAGCUUACUCUGGUAGCCCCCCAAGCUUGCACGCUCUGGAGACUACAUGGAGCGCUCGAGAGAAGCAGAAACAACGCUUGGUGAGAUCGCAGAGAACAGGUGUGGCCAUGCUGUUGCUGAAUUACGUGGUCGCGAUCACAGUAGUAACCAGCGUCGUCUCCAUGGCGCUGAGCAUGGAUUAUUGUUAUAAUUGUGAAAUCUGGUUUUAUCAUCUUGAGAUCCUCGCGGCGACGGUCUUCAUCAUAGAGUUGUUGGCCAAGUUGAGCGUCUACGGCCGUAAAGAAUUCCUAUUCGGUCUGGACUGGAGGUGGAAUUGGUGCGACAUAUGCGUUACAUGCGUUCAACUCUUGGAAGUCGGGGCUGGCAUACUCGUACGGCUAGAGAGCGUAGAGGUUGAUCAGAUGCUCUCGGUUGGUUCGGUCGUAAUCGCCAUGAGAGCCCUACGCCUCUUGCGCUUUGCGCGAUUGCUCAAGAUGUUAAGAUCUCCCCUCCUGAAAGAAUUGGCCAACAUGUUUCAGGGCUUCUUGCUCGGUUUACCAGCGCUGCUGUGGGUGUUCGUGUUGAUUUGUAUGGUCGUGUGGGUGAUUGGCGCUGGCUUCCGUAGCGUAAUAGGCCCCGAGCUGGGUCAGGAGUCGUUACUCGACAAGUGCGGGUUCGAUGGGGACUCGAUGCCUCAACAUGAAAAUGCAAGUGUGAUCAACGAGUUUCCCGAAUGCGGGAAUAGGGCCAAGUUGUAUGCGGAUGAGUACUGUCUUACUGUGGCCAAAUGCUCAUUUACAAUAUUCCGUUGCAUGAUUGGUGAUUGCUCUUCCAAGGGAGGACAGUCAUUACCUGCACACCUCAGCGAAGGCUACAAAGUGAGAUUUGAUGUUGUCUACGUCCUGGGCAUGAUUGUUCUGAUAUUCGGUCUCUUCAACGUAAUCCAGCUUGUUUGUCGAGUCGACAAUGAAAGGCCUCGCCGCUGA